GCCCAGCGAAAAAAUGGUGAAGGUCACAAGUGCAAGGAUACAAUCGUUAUAAAAAAGUAUGUUAAAAUAUUAAGUGUCUGAAGCGGCGUGUGUGCUGAUUUAAGAACUAUCUAAUAAUCCUCAGGAAUUUAAUGAAAGACAGUGAGUGAAACUUAAUUUAAACCAUGUCGACUCAAGAGUACAAAAUAAAAGAUAUAGAAAAAGUAGUACAAAUUAAAGGACCAAUAAAGAACGUCAAAAUCACACGUCUUACGGCACCUGGCGAGAACUAUUUGAGUUUGGUGUUUCGUGUCGAUGUUCAAACGGAUGAAAACGGACAGAUUAACAACAAAAGUCUAGUUGCCAAAUGCAUCCCACCUCAGAACAAGGAUUUCCUUGGAAUCAACAUGAUAUCGAUGAGGAACGAAAUCGAGUGGUAUAUAGACAUCGUCCCAUUAUGGGACGAAUAUUUUGAAGAAUACGGAAUUACUGAAAGUAUAUUCCCGAAAUAUUACGGAUCUAGGAUAGACAAUUCGGACAAUGGCCGACCUGAUAUGGACUGUGUGUUGGUUUUAGAGAAUUUAAAUCCUUUAGGCUACAAAAACGAAGAUCGGUACAUAGGAUUCGACCUAAAUACCACCAAGGCUGUUCUCAAACGCAUAUCACUAUUUCACGCAGCCCCGCUGGGAAUGAAGUUCGUGAAACCCGAAAAGUUUAAGCUGCUGAAGGACUACAUUGACAGUUGCAGGAUGGCCGAUAAGGCUUUUCCCGAAGAGCCCCCUCCCCACGACGAAUCCGAAUCGCCAUCAGUUACCCCCGAAAGCGCAUUAAUUGAAGCCAUAAAGAACAUACCGGAAUGUGCAGAGUACGUACCUAAAUUGGUACCAUUCUUAUCUAAAAUAGUCACUCCCGCAGACUGGAAUAUAGAAGGCGAGGAACCUUGGUCCACCAUCAGCCACAACGACUGCUGGGUAAAUAAUAUAAUGAUUAGGGUGAAAGAUGGCGAGGAAACGUUGGUGAAGCUGGUAGAUUUCCAGAUGUGUGGAUAUAAGUCGUUUGCGUCGGAUUUGGUGUUUUUCUUACUAACAAGCGUGAGAAACGAGGUACUGACGGAACAUUUCGAUGAACUUAUUAGGUAUUACUAUGACGAAUUUGUCAAUUAUCUAGAAAAGUUUCAAGUAAACUUAAAACUGUCUUAUGAAGAGUAUUUACUGGAACUGAAAAAUGCUGCCCAAACAUCAGAAAUUACACAUGCCUUGAUAUUUUCUUCCAUAGUGUUUGGUGAAAAGGGUACUGGUGUUGACAUAGCAGUGGAAGAGUUUAAUCCUUUCAUACAUUUAACGAAAAUGAUACAAAAUAUGAGCGACAAACAAAAAAGAAAAAUUAUAACCAUUGCAACAGAAACUACAAAAAGGAACUGGAUAUAAAGUGAAUGACCAACAACAAUUUAACUGAAAGAAUUAUAUAUUUGAACAUUCUUACAACACUCAAAGAAAAAGUAUAAUUUUAAUAGAUACAGACAAAUUUUAACCUACCACACAGUAAAAUUAAAUAAAUAAUAUGUAAAAAAAUACUAAACAUUCAAUUAUUCUAAAAUAUGUACAUGAUACAGAUAUUUAACAAAUCA